AUGGCAAACUCCAACACCAGAAGAAACCCUCCCAUGGAUGGAGCAGCGUGUGAGUCCGACCCUGAUCUGCAAACCUUCAACGCAAACCUCCAAGCGAGGACAGACAAAGUCCUCAGCACUCUUUCUUCCAGGGUUGAUGUCGGAGCUCUCUCACUGGAUUCUCUGAAAGAGAUAACCGAGUGCCUAUUGGAGAUGAACCAGGAAGUGGUCAAAGUCAUCUUGGAUAGCAAGAAAGAUAUCUGGAGAAAUGAAGAGCUGUUCAAGCUUGUACAAGACUACUUCAAUGACAGCUUGCCCACCCUUGAUUUCUGUGCUUCCCUUGAGAAUUGCUUGAAGCAUGUGCGCGAUGCCCAUUUGCAGAUUUUCACCGCCCUUCAUUGCUUUGAAGAAGAAGAUGGGGAGGGCUGUUGCAGUUACUCAAAAAUCUUGGAGGAACUGACAAAAUUCAAGGAGACCGGAGACCCUUUCACCAGGGAGUUCUUUGAGCUCUUUCAGACAAUUUACAAGCUACAGAAGUUCAUGCUCAAGAAGUUGUGGAUCAAGAAGAAGAAGAUUGAGAAGAAGCUUAAGAGCAUACAGAUGUGGAGGAAAAUCUCAAGCAUGAUACCAGUUGUAACUUUCGCAGCCAUUCUAAUCUAUUCUGUCACAGCUGCUACGGUGGCUUCUCCGCCAGUUGUUGUUGCCCUAGCGGCUGCAACGGCCAUGGAUGUGAUUGGCAAGUGGAUUGACUCCCUUUGGAAGAAUUGUGAAGAAGCACUGAAGAGACGGGAGGAGGUGAUCACCUCGAUGCAAAUGAAGAGCCUCUUGCAGAAAGCUGAUUUUCCAAUUGAGGCGGGAGCAGAGGCAGUAAAGCUCGGAAUAGCAGACAUUAAGAAGAAGCUGAGAGACUUCAUGAAGGACGCCAAAGGACUGGGAAAGGAUGUCGAUAUGUGCAGCUGCAAUAUCCAGAGAUCAAGGCUAGUGGUGCUUCAGAGGAUUAUAAAGCCUCCCACCAAUUGCAAUGGUGCCCCGAUGUAG